UUCAUUUCGACUCAGAUUUACAGCAAGUGAAGUCAAUUCAUAAAUCUGCUCCAACGCGCUAUGUUGCUGUGUUUUAUGGAAGAGUAAAAAAUACUUCACCUAUUAAUAGCCUGCUUAGUAUAAAGCUUACAUUGAACAUAAGCUUAAUAUUGACGAGGAUUCGCUGUUCAAUAUUUUAUACACAACAACUCGACAUUGGCCUGGAUGAUCUGGCGGGCUGGCCGCGUUGUGCUAUUCUCUUUCACAUAUGCGUCGUAGACACUGACAUAAAAGGUAGAGUUAAAUGCAUUCUUAUUGUAGAUCAAUAUCUUACUCUGAGCAAGAUGGGAGACGUUGGGAGAACAGGGAUCAUUAUAUUAGCCAAGAGAGAUCUAGGUAUGAUAACCAUUCCUAUUUGCUGGAGUCUCAAGAUGACAUGAGUAACUUUGCAAAUCUACAAAGAUAUGAAGAUGUGGAAUCUGAGCAAAGRCAAGAGUAUGGAUAUGAUAUGAGAAAUGAGCCAAGCCCACGUAGAGACUGGAGGAAUGGUGACAGCAUUGAUCGACGCRAUGGGAACGCAUUUUUUGACACCCUASCUACAUAUAUCAGACAUGAGAUUCACCAAUCAAGGGAACCYAUGGAAGGGCAGAGAUAUGAGUAUUAUGAUAGAACAUAUUAUCGCCAGGAGGAUGAAAGAACAUAUUCCCAUGACAGUGGAAAAACACGCGAUCGCACUGCCCACGACAGAUAUAAUGAUCACUCUGGCAUGUCUCUUCAAUAUGACAGCUAURAUUUCAARGACUAUGACCAUUCAAUGUAUGAUUGUGGAAACAGAAGAGGGUAUCGUGGGCAUACGUUGAGAGAUUAUGCUAGAGCUGGGGAAAUUCACGAUUUGCGUUACAGCCGAUACGAGCGACCUACCAGAGACUAUUACGAUGACAUUCGAUAUGAUACUGACAGUUGUUCUAGAGAAAGGCGUGGAUACAUGUUAAGACAAAGACGUUUGUCAGACCACAAGUCUUUCUCUCACAGAUGUUCUGAUGACAGAUCUACAAAACCUUCUCAUGACAAUCAUUGGAGUAGUAAAUCACCAAGGAAGAAUGUUUCUCCGCCACAAAAGAGGAAAAUACCGAUKUAUGAGCUUAAUAAUAAAAAGCAAAAAACUAACGGUAAAAAGCAGAAAUUCUCGCCACGUAAUGAAAGCCAAUCCGAAAAACCACCAAGCCUGCUUACAAGAGAACAUUUAUUGUCACGUGAAGUAUUUACCUCUAACUCUACUGGAGAUUCACCGAAACAACCCAAGCAAUUUCGUGACUUACGUGACGAAAUCAUUGUUUCUCGGGGCUCACGCAAUUCUUCACGAACACCUGCAGAAAAACGUAAUCKGGAAUCACGAGAUCUUCGYMAUGAUAUUAAUAGAUCACGUGGAGAGGACAAUUCCUCAGAAAUCUCUAGUGACAGUCGUCGUGGACAUAACAACGUAACGCAGUCGUCAGGUAACAUACUAAAUGGGGAURAUAACAAGCAUAAUAAAGACAAGAACACAUGCRAGGAACAAAACCAAAAAAUGAAAAACGCAGCUACUCGUCGAAUUAAUUCUCCUUCCAAACAAACACUUGUUUCUUCUCAAAAUGGAGAAGCAUUAAAAAGGAAGGUUAGUUUGUGUAAUGGUCUCUCUACUGCUUCUUCMCCGACACUUGAUGCGACYGACAAACSACGUGAUGAUUUACGUUUCAUAAUCAUGUCUCGACGGCAAAAAAAGAAUGAAAGUGCGGAAAAGAAUGAAAGWGAACAUUUGGACCCCGCUUCUUCCUCAGAUAAAAAAGAAGCAAAAGUUGUCAAUGAAAGAGUAGUUGAACUAGCUUACUCUGUGGAAAAUAAUGGGGAGAAGGCUUGCAAGUCAUUAGGUGCAUCAAGGCAGUCUUAUAGAACUGUUACGAAGAGAAUGGCAAAAAGUAAACUCAAUCCUUCAGAAAYAAAGGCAACUUCCGGAAAUAAAACCUGCAAUAACGAUAAUCGAGUAGAACUAAUUAAGGACAUGAGGAAAGUUUCACCCAAGAGAAAUAUACCGCAAUUGAUGACAGCGAAGAAAGAGAACGACAAUGUUGUAGUACAUUCAGUUGAAAUAGGAAAAAUAGAAGACAAUCACUGCAAUUUUGAUGUAAUUCGCGAAAGUCAUCCUUCUCGCACCAAGGAACAUGAGGAAUUCAAGCAAUCCACUGUGGAUAAUGCAGAACUUGAAGGAUCCAUAAAAGAGCUUGAGAAUGGUUGCCACGUAAAGUUUAUCAAUUCAGAACUCGAUCAAAGCACUUGCUCAGAGUCUGUUUUAACCACGUCUAGUUCGACUACGUCUGAGUCGACAUCUGAAUUUAAGUACGAGAGCAGCUUGUCUUCAUUAAGGUCGUCUAAUAMAACAUCUGAUUCAAAGGCGUCUGAUACAGCAUCUGAUUCGACAUCUACACACUCGAUCUCAACGGRUGUCGACCGAAACAGAAGUAAUGGCACUGAACUCCAUCAAGUUGUGUCACAAACUGAUAAGUCAGGAUUUAUCAAUGAACAAGAAAAUUCGGUUGUAAAUAUUAAUGUCUGCGGUAGAGAUAAUGCAAUGACGACUGAAGGUUUGUGCAAGAACUCUGCGAAUGCAUUCGGUAUUUGUGAUUCCAAAGCCAAUGUGUUAACUGCWUUAGAUGGAAUAGAAUCUGAAUAUUCUGAACGAAUCGAAGAACAACAAWUUUUUGUUUUAAAUAAUUAUGUCUGGGAUGGAGAAAAUAUCACGUCAAGGGACGGUUUGUGCAAGAACUCAGAAGGUGUAUUUAAUAAUGAUGCUACUAAAGCUAAUGUCAUAAUUGAUCAAGUACAAACUGARGUAUAUUUCGGACCUGAGWAUCAACUUCAUUCGACACCCUUGUUAAAGAAUAACAAAAAUCAUCGUGAUUUCUUGGCAAAAGAUACAAAAGAAGCAAGUGAAUCUGCGUUKGGUUGUGCAAAUUCCUUUCAAAUACAUGAUGCUGUAAAAUCGUCUAAGAACUUCAUAGACGAUCCUAUUGGCAGCACUGUGUACACCUCUUCUAUUGAUACUAAAAAUCAUUUGCUAUCAGGUAACAGUGAKGCAUCAGAAUAUAGUGAUAGCAACACCAGUUAUGAUCGAGAAGUUAACGUUAGGAGUGAAUCAUGUCGUAGUACCUUAGGGCAAAACAAAACCGCUUCGUGUAACAGAGAUCCAAAAGAUUAUAUAGAAAGUGAAAAUUUGUUAAUUGAUGAUAAUGUGGUACAACCAAAUAACAGUGUUACUUCUGAGUUGAAUACAGAAGCUUGCGCUAAAAAAUUAUCGUUUCUUUGCGAUCGUACUGUGCCGGAACAAAACAGUGCCAUAUCUGAGUGUUAUCUAGAAAUUGACGCUGAAAGUGAAUCACUAUUUGGUAAUAAUUCUGCCGCACUACAACAAAGCGGGAGCAGUGUGACUGAGUAUGAUCAAGAAGUUGACACGAAAAGUGAUUCCUCAUUUGGCCCUACGUCCGAAGUUGACUCAGAAUUCAAAGUUGGCACUAAGAGUGAAUCUCUAUUUGGUAAUAAUUCCGCGCUGCAGCAAAAUAACAUUAGUACGUCUGAGUAUGAUCCAGAAGUAGACACGAAAAGCGAUUCAUCAUUAUCCAGCCUUACGCACGAAAAUGACCCAGAAUUCAAUGUAGUCGCUAAAAGUGAAUUGCUAAUUMAUGAUGCCGCGACUCAACAAAACAACAAGGACAAAUCUAAUUGCAAUUUAGAGGUGUGCRRUAGAAUCUAUUUCUCAAUUAUCAAUGCUACCACAGACGAACGUGGAAGCAAGCCGUAUAGAUGUGAUGUUGACACACAAUGUGAAUCAGUUAUUGACGAACGAUCAGAAGAUAUUAGUGUUAUGUGUCAUUAUGGUCAAAAAACUGGCMGCAGUGGCCGUGCACUUCAAGUUGAAAACAAUCCUUUAAAUGCCAUUGAACAAUGCAUAUCUGCCAGAAUAGAUGAUGUCAUUUGUUACACAAAAACAGAGAGACGUGAUCAAGAACAAAAUUUUCUUUUACACGAUCAAGUUGCACAGUCAAAGACUCAAAAUCGCGAUUUGAUUAGCAGUUCUGAAUAUAAGAACUCUAGCAAUGUCCUUCAGUGUAAUGUCGAUCAUAAAGAACCGGAAGUGUGCUAUGAUUCCAGAGUUGAAGGCUUACAAGAAUAUAAAGAAAAAGGAAAGGCAUGUAUAGUUGAAUACGAUCGUUCAUACGAUUUCGUAAAUGAACCCGAUGGUAAGCCCAAAGCUGCCACGUGUCUAGACUAUGAAGAGCAUCACCAUGACGAUGGUAUUUGUGAAAAUCUCUUUACCAACAAUCUGCUUUUUGAUGAAAAAAUGCCAGGCGACAAAUGCGAUUGUCAGCCCAAAGAAAUUAUUCCGCAGACUGUUGACAUUAAUUACAAUAGACAUUUUGAAAGGCGUUCGAAAGAUAAAACAUCAAGGGGGCGUUGUAUGAAGCAUUGUAGCACAGAAGAAGAGCAACUGAAAGGAUCAAAUUUUGUUGAAAUAGUAAAGGAAACGUUUCUCCAGUGCAGUGGGCAUACAGAUSCAAGUACAUAUAGCGAACUUACAUCAAAUAGCUGUGAAGUAUUCUCAUCUUCUAAAUGUGGUAGCAAUAAUUGUAUUGAUUUAUGUUCACCAAGUGAAGAUGAAACAUCUGAAAGACGCCUAUGUAGUGAAUUCUCACAUCAUGAGAAACCUUCCAAUAGCACUUACAAGUCUUUCAGCGAUAACUCGUCACUUUGUAAAUUUCAUAGUGCCAAAACAUUUAUCGAAAUUUCCUCAUCAAGCGAAUGCAAAAUUUCAGAGAAAAAUACUGUAGAGAUUGAUUGCUCUCAUUCUGACGACAUUUCAAUAUCAUCACCAUCACUAACACGAUCAAGAAACGAAUCAAUGCCUUAUGAUCCUGAAAAUGUUUCACCUGUUGACAUCCUUACUUCUCCGCAGUGCUUUGACAAUAUGUCACUAGCAACUCCCUCUACAGGCACGGUUGAAUCCUGCAGUGCAUUUUUUACGCAACCUGAGGAUCCUGAAAAGCAAAGUCAUCUUGAGCAGGAAGUACAUGAUCCAACCUYAGUGGAAUGUGAGUCUGAUAUGUCAUUAGCUACUCAGUCACUGACUACAAUUGGCUAUACACCAACAGAUCAUUUUUUAUCUUCAGAAGAUGAGGAAGGAUCUACAACUGGAACCAAAUCAUAUUCAAACGCCGUUGUCACUACAAGCAAAACUAGUAAUAGUAUUACACAAAUACCUGGAAACUAUUCUAAUCAAGAUAUUAUAUCCUCUGGCAACGAAGGUGACAAUGAAAUAUCCACUGGAAUUUCUAGUCCAGAAUCGUUACCAACAAAAAAAUCGCCGAAAUUGGUCAAUAGAAACACUAACAACCUAUCAUUAGGAAAACUUGUCCAAAAAACAAAAGGUCUUUUACAGCGACGUCAUUCUUAUAAAACUCAUGAUCUUGGAUUGAGUUCUCCGGAUUCUAUCAGAACACAGACUGAAGUGUGCARCCCAGAAGUAUUUGUUCCUCUUGAGGGCUUUUAUCCGAGCGGCAUAAGUGCUGAUGUACUUUUUAAAAGAAACAAGGCAGAGGCACAAUUUAAUAACAAGUCUAAUAGCAUUGUAGAAUUAUUAAGUUCGGAUCUUACAAGCAUUUAUGUAGACAGUGACUAUAAUCCAGAAAGCUUUGUGCCCCUUCUAUCUUCGCGAUCUUGUAACYUGCAACAAGAAAAGAGGAAGAGCAAGGGAAGGCUAUCCAGAUUUGAGGGUGAACAUCAAGAAUCUUUAAAUAUUUCGUGCACAACAGUUAGUCAUGAAUCAAGUAAUAACCUUGAAAAGAACUGUGGAAGAUUUAGGUCUUUUGACUACAGGUAUUCAAAUGCAGAGGAGAAUGGCGAUUUUAUUCARUCCUCUCCAUCAACAAAACUAUGCACUAAAGCGCCAAUGGAGUUAUCCAGURUUUCCUCGCCUGAACAAUCKUUGCGUGAUAAAACUACUUGUCUUAUAAGCGCCAUGAAGAAAGCAACGAAAGGCUAUGAACGCUACAGUGAAACUAGAAAAGAUUCUCCAUAUAAUUGCUUGAAUGAAUUGAAAGCUGUCACGCAAUCCUUUGACAAUAGUAAGUAUGAAGAUAAAGAAUAUAUUAACGAUACGCUAGUUGAUGAAGGACGCGAAUUCCUUGAACGGGUACUGGACGAACAGAAUUCAAAUGAAGUGCUUUUGGAUGAGGGACAUGAUCUUCUUGAAUUAGCUCUGGAGGAAAGCAUUCAAAAAAACUCUGUUAAAAAUAUAGAAAUGCAGGAAACUCGGGACACCAUGGAWUCCAAACGAUCAAUUUCAACAGCAGAAUCGGUUAAGGGCGCCGUCUUUGACUGCGUAGUUAAUUCCGAUAACCAUAAACUGUCGGUUAUUGAUGCUGAACAAAACGGAGACAGUCAGCAGCAACCGGAGCGAUGGGCUGAACAAAAGAGCGCCAUAGAGAUAGGCGAAGAUCUUUCAGAAUGUAUCAAGAUUAUKCAUGAUAAAGCAAUUGAAAGUAACCCAUCAACUGUAUUUCCAAAUCCUGAUUCCAUCUGUAGUUUAGAAACAGCUUCGCAAAAUUCUAAUCAGGCCGCAACACCUGAUUCUGCUCCAACAAACCCUGCUACUUGUACUGCAGUAUCUUCCAAUGAACCACAAGCUCACAAUGACCAAUCUCUACUACAUGAGACAAACAAAGAUAACGUCGCGUUUUCAUCGACCUGCUUGGUGGAGAGUGUUCAAUCUGUUUCAUCCGAAAAGGAACGCACAGAAAUAAGCCUCGAUGAAUUUGUUGACGCUGAGCUGAAAAAGAAAAACGUGAAAAUGAAAUGUCCAUUAUCAGAACACCAAGAAUUUGGCAUGCGUUCUUCCAGUUCUCUCUGUGCCUCUUUAGACCCCAUCGUAACGGCAUCGUCAGAAAAAGAUUGUCCAAGUGCUUCUAUUACACAGCAACCAAGUGUUGAACCCAACAUUUUUAACAUGSAUUGCGGGAAUUUUAGUCGUAAACCAAAAAAUAGACGCUCUCCCGUGAACGACCCACUAAAUCACAGUGGCGUAAUCAAUGAUUACAAACAAAAGAUGAUCACCAUUCUGCARAAGAGAGUCGACAUUGAAAAGGCAUACAGAGAAGAAUGCGACUCAGCGUUAGCAACGGUCAAGAUGUUGGUUAAAAAAAACAAAUCCACCGAAGAAGAUCUUAGAGGGAUUCUACAAACGCGACUAUGUGACAUAAGGCAAAAGUACGUAUCUGAACUGCAGUCGUUUGUUAGGAAGGAAACUAAUUCAUUACAAUUAACCAUUGAGAAUCUUACUAAUGAAUAAACUAAUURAUAUUG